UUUUUUCGUUUUCAUUUUUCUCGUCGUUCGGACGUGUUUUCGCUGUGCGUCGCUUUAACUACAAAAGGCUGAAUUCGAACAUAAGCUUAAGUUGAUAUAUCAAAGUGAUUGAUUUUAGAGGUUUACUUAGCAGCCCAACACAAAAAUUAAUAUCUUUUCCAAAAAGUGUAUAAACGAACCGAUACUGAACAUCUUUUUGUAAUUUGGUUUGGCGCGCGAGGAAUCGAAUCGAAACCGUGUAUUUAACUCAGCGUCAAUAUGGAUAAUGUGUUCCUAAAAUUCCGGUACAAAAGUAUGUGUUUUGGGAAAUAUAUAUCGAGUAUAUGAUAUAGUGCUGUUGCUGGAUCAAAACUCCAUAGUGUAUCAAAACAACAAAAACGAACGAUUACGGUUAUGAUUUCAUCCCGUCGCUGCUGCGCACUCGAUUCGCAAGCACCGUUAGACCGCGCAGCUGUUGCAGCCUCCGAAAGUGCCAACAAAGAAUAAUAACAAUAAACAAAGACCAACAAGUGGUGUAAAAAGUGCCAAAACGUCUGACACACUUUAGUGACUUGGACAGACGGUCGAUUCCACUAAUUGCUGACACACAUAAUUUCCCUAACUGGCGGAAAAAAGUAACAAGCGCGAAAACAGAGCGAACGUCGAGCGCAAAUUAAAUAUACGGUGGUGCCUCAUCAAAGUCAAGUCGGCCGACUCUAACUAAUUUAAUGAUCAAAAGUAACACAUUUUUUUUCGCAUUCGGCGGCAACCGCUGAGCGGUGUUAAUUGAAAGUGUCACGCGUCGUCUAAAUAAUAAUUUCAAUUGGCUUGUUUGUCUAUGUGAGUCUGCGUCGUGAGUGACUGCAAUGUGGUCAGAAGUAGUGACCCAAACCGGACGAUCUGCUAUGUCCUGGCUCUUCCUAGUGUUAUCCCUGGGGGCGGCACAGGCUGCCACGCCAUUCGCGAAGGAGUACCGCAGCGCGGGACUUUUCAAUGGCAACACCCUUGUCGAUCUGGACGGCUCCACCACCCUGGACAUGGGUCUAGAGAAGCCCACCAGCAGCAGCGACCUCAACGGAGGAUUCAAAUCGGAGUCAUCGGUGGUUCUACCAGGCAUGCUUCAAAAUUCAGGCUGUCCGCUGACGACGAGUUCCCACUGCCUGCGCUGCAACAAGGCGGGCUGCAUCAAGUGUCCCAUGUACCUGGUGACGGACACGAGGCAGUGCGUCGAUCAGUGCCCCGCCGGCUACUUGGAUCAGUGGUCGGCCCAUACGGAGUUCAUGGGACGGGUGUGCGUGUCCACCGGCUACUCUGGACCACUGAUGGCCGCUCUGGCGGGACUUCUUGGUGGCUUCCUGGUUUGCCUAUCCCUUCUGGCCGUGGCCGUAAUGUUGGUCAAGAGGAAACGGCGGCGAAAGUCCGUGAAACAGAAGCUCAUCAACGAGAACACCAUGGAUCGGGCGGAUUUCAUGAGGCAGCUGAACGAAAUGCGUCCGAAUGCGGAGUAUUUCCUGGCCAUGCUCAACGAUACGCGGCGGCAGAUCCGGAAGCUCUAUUUGUCGGGUGAAGUGGCGGCAGCCAACUCGUACAGGCCCAUUGUACGGGACCUGGCCAAGCUGCUCAUCCUGCUGAACAGGCCCAUCGAGCUGAUUCCCGCCCCGCCGCCGGAUUGGUCCAGGCUGUAUGCCUGGUCGGAGCAGGCCCUGGAGCGGUAUAAGCCACAGGUGGGCCAGCUCAUCGACUUCUUCCAGGCCUCGCACGGGCACAGUGCUGGCCACCACGAGGUGCUCUACGCUGCUCCGGCCAAGAAGAAGCAACUGCAGCAGGCCAGCAUCUUCCGGCAACAGGUGACGCCCACGGCGACGCCGCAGGGAGUGGGCGAACUGAUGGCCGGCGACCGGAGCAGCAGUGCCUCGGCGCAGCAGAAACUGCACCUGUUCGGCUCGCUGAUCAGCCUGCACGAGUUCGAGGAGCCACGGGCCUCGGAUCCCUUCGGCAGCAGCUUCAACACGCUGAAAAGCGGCAAUCUCAUCUCCGAUCUCAACGCCAGCUCGCUUUGGCUGGAGGAUGAGUUCUACAAACUGGGCUUUCGACCGCAGGACGAAAUCACCACGGAGCUGUAACCGUAUCAUACAUCAUCAAACUCACACUCACCCUCACAAAUUAAUGUAAAGAAGUAUUAUCCCGGCUGGCGGCGCUAACCGUUCAAGUCUAGUGCCAGUUCAGCUGGGGGAAAGGAGCAUUUGCGUGCACAUUCCGCCAGGCCAUCAUCAUCUUUGACUCCAUCGACAAGCUAACUGGGAGGCCAUUUAGCCCGAGCCGCUAAAUGCCCAUGCUUGGAGCUUAGUUAGAUCAGUUAAGCAAGCAAACUAGUCACGUAAAAUCACAAACAAAACCAUCAACACACAACGAUGCCGUGAAGACGGAGCAAAUGCAAAUGGAAAUCGCGUGGAAAUGAAUUUAGUUUUAUGGAUUUUACAAAAAUCGCAACAAUCAUGUAACGAACAAUAUUCAAUAUACACACUGUAGAGAUACUAUUCAGAUAAUAAUAAAGAUGUUUAGCUGUAGAAGAGCGAUACUUAUAGCUAUAGCUUACGUAGACAGAGAUUAUAAAGCUUAGUAGAUACGAAAUAGAUAAUAAAAUCGUGUGCCUUAAGAGUAUAAA